CAACCAUCAGAAGGAUGAACCCCAUCAGGCGCAAAGAGUCGGUGUGCAGGAGUCUGUUUGGCCCGGUGGACCACGAGCAACUGCGCCGGGACUUGAAGCUGAAGAUGAAGGAGAUCACCGAGCAGGACAGCCGCCGCUGGAACUUCAACUUCCAGGCAGAGACGCCGCUGCCGGGCAGGUUUCAGUGGGAGUGGGAGGAGAUGCCCGCAGACCGCGCUGCUGCUGUGUACCAGGAGUCCGCACAGAUCAAGGGCGAUGUGUGUCCUUCACACACUGAGGAAGAGGACAGGCUGAGCGAGCGUGAGGAAGGCGCAGGGACCGACCAGGAGAACUGCUCCAGCAUCUCCAACACACGCAAGCGUCCCGCUGAAGUGACGCCCGUGCGGAGGAAGAGGACGCGCUCCAAACCGGCUGCCAAGCCCAGCAACAACGCACGGAUCACAGAUUUUUUCGCGAAGAGGAGGAGGUCGACAGAAACCAAAAGUAUCCUGAAUCCUUUUCACACAAGUUCCAGUGAAGCAGCUCUGUGCAAAACAUUACGAUGAACAUGCUGCUGAGAAUGGACUAUUUAUAUCAAGGCCUAUACAUACAUGUUUUUAUGGACUGGACCAAGGCCUACUGACUGCACCAAAGGAUUUUAUUUUAUUUUAUCUUGUUCUAUUCUAUUUCAUUUUAUUUUAUUGUGUCCUGUUUUGUAUUGUUUUAUCUUAUUUUAUUUUGUUCUAUUUUAUUUCAUUGCCAAUUUCAGGAUUUGUGAACUGGGGUCAAACUUCACCAUUCUCUGUUAUUUAUUCUAUUUAUGGACUUUAAUUUAAUGACUUUGCAUUUGUUUUUUUCAUUUAUAAUGUCACAGUUAUGUUUGUUUGGACACCUUUUUCCAUCAGUUUUGUGUUUGUUAUGUGAGCAAGAACAUUUCAAUAACUCAGGGGUAGGCAACCUACGGCUCAGGGGCCACACUACGCUCUUUGGCCCUUCUACUGUGGCUUCCUGUGGCUUUGACAAAAAAUUACAUUUAAACGAAUAACAGUUACUUUUUUAACAUUUCAUUGCAAUUUGCAUUUAUCAGUGUUGUGGCCCUGAAGUGAUUCUUACAUUUUCCGGUUAUAUAAAUGUGUAGGCUAAAUGCUGAAUAAAAAAAUAUUUUAACAUCUCGUCAUAUGUGCGUUAUAUGUCUACGGCCUGGUGCCUUUUCCUUAAAUUUGCCAAAUCUCAAUAGCAAUGGCUACGCUUGAGUCUCCUCAGUGAGGCUAGCUAAUCAAUUCCAAAUCCUCACAGUGAGUGGACAGAUUUGGUUGCUUUCACUGCUAACGCUGCAAAGUUUAAGCACCAAAUAAUCAGAAAGUAUAGCUACUUUGUUGUAAUGAAUGCUCAUUUAGACCUAUUACAAAUGGUUAUGGGCUAAUGUACAUUAAAUAGGCGGUGUUGACAUCACUUUAAGGCACAAGUUUGCAACUCCAGAUGGAUUUUUAAACUUUUUUUAGUUCAAAGUGUCUCUUUUGAUAGUAAAGGUUGCCAACCCCUGAAAUAACUGAUGAUUUUUUAUGUCUGUAUGUUUCUUUUUUCCUGUCUUGUUGGUGGAUUUCUGUAACAUCUGUUAAUUAAAGAGAAAAGCACUGUU